AUGAUUGAGGUUUUUUGUCAAUGGUCAGUCAAAGUGAAGAAAAGGGGAGAUGAUACCAAGUAUGUGGCUAAGGUUUUAGCCAGAGGUGUGGAAUGUGACAUAGCUUUACUUUCAGUGGAAAGCAAGGAAUUCUGGAAAGGAGCUGAACCACUUCAUCUUGGAUGCCUGCCACGUUUGCAGGUUGUUGUCUUUUCAUCUUUUUUCCUCUAA